AGAGGAGAGACGCUGAGCUGGAGCAGCUUUCACAAACACAUGAUCACAUCCAUUUCCUGCAGAGUUUCCAGUCUCUCUCAGCACCUCCUAAAUCUACAGACAAACCCGACGAUCCCUUCAGUUCUCUCUUCUCUUUUGAUGGCAUGAGAGAAUCUGUCCAUCUGCUGAGAGACAAACUGGAGGAUUUCUGCAAAGAGGAGAUCAAGAAGAUCUCUGACAGAGUCACUUUCACAAACAUGAAUCUCAAAACCAGGAAUGACUUCCUACAAUAUUCACAUCAGCUCACUCUGGAUCUGAACACAGUGAAUAAACACCUCCGUCUGUCUGAGAAGAACAGAGUGAUUACAUACACUCGCACAGUCCAGACAUAUCCUGAUCAUCCAGACAGAUUUGAUGUGUAUCAGCAGGUGUUGUGUAGAGAGAGUGUGUGUGGACGCUGUUACUGGGAGAUUGAGUGCAGUGGGGAUUAUGGUGUUCGUAUAACAGUGUCAUAUAAGAGCAUCAGCAGGAAGGGAUCAGGUUACGAGUGUUUGUUUGGACGUAACGAUCAGUCUUGGAGUUUGGAAUGUACCUCCUCCAAAUACUUAUUCAUACACAAUAAAAUAGAGACUGUUCUCCCUGCAAAAUCCAGUCGUAGAAUAGGAGUGUUUGUGGAUCACAGUGCAGGAACUCUGUCCUUCUACAGCGUCUCUGACACAAUGAGCCUCAUCCACUCAGUCCAGACCACAUUCACUCAGCCGCUCUAUCCUGGGUUUAAUGUUUGGUCUGGAUCAAUGGAACUGUGUUGAUGUAUCAGAAAAGAUGGAGAAAGAUUCUAAUACUUUGAGCUGCAUGAUAAAUCAGUAACAGUGAGAUGUUACAGAGUCUCUUAUUUUCUCUUCAUUACAUUAAUACUACAGAUGAACUUCUAUAACUGAAUAAAUGUGUAUGAAAUCAUCAUAUAUAGACAGUAAGAACAGUGUGUGUGUGUGUGUGAGAGAGAGAGAGAGAGUUUUGAGUUUUACAAACUCUUUAUUAAAACAGUUCUAUAAAUUUAAGUUCUUCAAAUUACCUUAAUUCAUGUAUAAAAAAACAACUCAUUAAGUACAGUACACAUAUCAACAUCACUACACCAUUCAAUCUUAAAAACAUUGAUUGCAUUCAUCAAUUUGUAAUAACUGAAAUCAACAAGAAUUCUUGAUUUGAACAUAUUCUUAAAAACUGCUACAAUGUGCUGUCCAUUUCUCUGUUCAAUUUUAUUUCUUCUAGAAUUAUAAAUUACCAUUUUGGCUUGACCAACAAUAAAGUUAAUUAAUUGACACCUA